AUGGCGGCAUCACUGUUCACCUUCUCCUCCACUUCAAGAAGAGUCGUCCCAACUCCAAACUCUCAUCCUCUUCCCAUAUACAUCAAAGCCACAAACGUAGUUUUCAACCCUAAAAUUCCAGAUGUUCAUCGAGGUCUUGGACUUGAUGAUUUUGUCAAUUUCUUAGUCUCCUGCCGACUCCGAUACGCAAUCAGUGACGUUCCAUCAGAGUUCUUUCCCGAACAAGUAUGUGAGUUCUACUACAUUGCAACGAUUAAUGAUGAAAACAACGUCAUCUCCGGGACUAUUGGCCAUGGCAGACACUUAGUUUUUAUUACUGCUGACCUCCUCAGUGUUGCGCUCAGGUUACCAAUGUUUGAACCAUUCUCUGAGCUUCCUCCUAUUGAACGCUGUCGACGCCUCUUUGAUCAACUGGGAUGUGAUCAAUCAAAGGCUGGUACUCGAUCAGCUCUCAUUCUGCAUCAAUGUAUGACUCCAGGAUGGAAGUUCUUCACUGGUGCUCUAUGCAAAUGUGUGGGUCACAAAUCUCGCAGUGGUGAUUAA